AAAGUAACGCUCGAUUCUAACAUUCGCGCGCCCUUCAACUACCCAUUACCCGGCACUCGGUUGAUUAUUUGAAUUGAAUUUAAACGGUGGUAAUUCAUUCGGUAAUUGUCACUUGUGCUUGUUCGUACAUCGCGUUAACUUCGUACGUUCUCUUGGUUAAAAUAUUAUAAACUCGUUUAAAAAUGCCGCGUCUUAACUCGAUCAUCCCUGAUUUCGCUGCCGAUACUACUUUCGGUAAAUUCAAUUUCUACGAUUAUGUCGGAGAUUCAUGGGCUGUUUUAUUCUCCCAUCCGUUGGAUUUCACUCCGGUCUGUACGACGGAAUUGGGCAGAAUGGCUGUGCAUGUCGACGAAUUCAAAAAAAGAAACGUGAAACUGAUCGCCUUAUCUUGUGACGAUGUCUGCAGCCACAGUAAUUGGGUCAACGAUAUCAAAUCGUACUGUUUGGACAUCAAAGGAGAUUUCCCAUUCCCCAUUAUUGCUGAUCCAAGCAGGGAAUUAGCUGUAAAAUUGGACAUGUUAGAUGAAGCUGGAAAAGAGAACCCAGAUGCUGCUUUGACAGUUCGAGCUUUAUAUGUAAUAGAUCCGUCGAAAAAAUUACGUUUGGCCAUGGUUUAUCCUACAUCUACCGGUCGUAACGUUGACGAAUUAUUGAGAGUCGUCGAUUCCUUGCAAUUGGUAGAUAAAUACAAUAAUAUUAUUGCUACUCCGGCCAACUGGACGCCUGGAACUAAAGUGAUGGUGGUACCUUCUGCUACUGAUGAACAAAUCAAAAAAGCAUUCCCCGAUGGAUUAGACGCUGUAAAAAUGCCAUCUGAUAAGUGCUACAUUCGUACAACUACUAAUUAUAAAGCUUAAAAUUAUUACUCAUUUGUACUCUGAUCAAUGUCUAAUCGAUAUCUUAUUUAUUACUGGAUAAGUUACAUUCAUUAAAUUGCAUUUCAUUCGUGUUAA